AUGAGGAAGCAACUCGAUCCUCGCAUUCCCAUUCUCAUCAACAACAAUGUCAAGGAAAACCAUCGCUCGUUCAUAGUCCUCGUAGGCGACAAGGGCAGGGACCAGAUUGUCAACUUGCACUUCCUCCUCUCCCAAGCACGAGUCUCGGCACGUCCGUCCGUCUUAUGGUGCUAUAAGAAGGAUCUUGGUUUCACGAGCCAUCGAAAGAAGCGUGAGGCAAAAAUCAAGCGCGAAGUUAAACGAGGGAUACGUGAAGCGAACGAACAAAAUCCAUUCGAGAUUUUUGUUACUGUAACCGACAUCCGAUAUACGUACUACAAAGAAUCUCACAAGAUUCUUGGUAACACGUACGGGAUGUGCGUCCUGCAAGACUUUGAAGCGAUCACGCCGAACCUCCUCGCAAGGACGAUUGAAACCGUUGAGGGUGGAGGCUUGGUUGUUCUUCUGCUGAAGACUAUGACUUCGCUACGACAGCUAUAUACUAUGUCCAUGGACGUACAUGCACGCUAUCGAACAUCCUCACACGACUCUGUCGUCGCGCGAUUCAACGAGCGAUUCAUUCUUUCCCUCGGCGCAUGUGAAGACUGCCUCGUCCUCGACGACGAGCUCAACGUCCUCCCUAUCUCACGCGGUAAAGACAUAAAAUCCCUCGAAGAGACAGAGAAAGGGAAGAGCAAAGCGGAUAACGAGCUCGCUGAGCUACGCGCAAGCCUAGCAGACACCAAACCAGUUGGCGAGCUAGUCAAACUCGCUCGGACGCUAGACCAAGCGAAAGCGAUCCUCACGUUCGUCGAUGCGAUUGCAGAGAAGACUUUGAGCUCGACUGUAUCGCUCACCGCCGCUCGAGGACGUGGAAAGUCUGCUGCGCUGGGACUUGCGAUCGCAGCUGCACUUGCACAUGGCUAUUCGAACAUUUUCGUCACGAGUCCUAGCCCAGAGAACCUGAAAACGUUAUUCGAGUUCAUCUUUAAGGGCAUGGACGUACUUGGAUAUGAAGAGCAUCUCGACUAUGAUAUCGCGCAAAGCACCAACCCGGAUUUCAACAAGGCAAUCGUGCGGGUAAACAUCUUCAGAGACCAUCGGCAAACGAUUCAAUACAUUCAACCACAAGACGCUCAUGUACUUGGACAAGCGGAGCUCGUCAUCAUCGACGAAGCUGCAGCUAUUCCUCUUCCACUAGUUCGGAACCUCCUCGGACCGUACCUUGUCUUCAUGGCCUCUACAAUCAACGGUUACGAAGGAACCGGCCGUUCACUCUCCCUCAAACUCAUCCAACAACUCCGUGAAAGCACUCGUCCAUCUGCUACUUCAACUAACGACGAAACAGCUACCACCUCUCGAUCCAAAAAGCCUCAAACAAACGCACCUCUAAAACCCCGUUCUCUCCGCGAGAUCAAACUCGAAACUCCCAUCCGUUACGGCUCAGGUGAUCGCGUCGAAUCAUGGUUAAACACCCUACUCUGUCUCGACGCUACAAUCGCUUCACGGGGAUUAGCUCAAGGCUGUCCACACCCCAGUAAAUGCGAACUAUUCUAUGUCUCCCGCGACACACUAUUCAGCUUCCACCCCGCAUCAGAAGUCUUCCUCCAACGCAUGAUGGCAUUAUACGUAGCAAGCCACUAUAAAAACCAACCAAACGACUUACAACUCAUGUCCGACGCACCCGCACAUCACCUCUUCGUUCUCCUCCCCCCACUAAAAGACGAUGAAAGUCACCUCCCCGAGCCGAUUGUCGUGUUGCAAGUUGCGUUGGAAGGGAAUAUUAGUAAACAGGUUAUUAUGGAGUCGUUGAGUCGGGGGUUGAGGACUGGGGGGGAUUUGAUACCUUGGUUGGUUUCGCAGCAGUUUCAGGAGUCGACGUUUGCGCGGAUGUCGGGUGCGAGGGUUGUUAGGGUUGCUACUCAUCCGGAUUAUAUGAAUAUGGGCUACGGAGCUCGUGCCCUUCAAGCACUUAACUCGUACUACAGCGGCGAAUACUUCAACUUAGACGAAACCAUUCGAGAAGAACGCUCGUACCCCAAUCCUGCAGCGUUUGACAAGAACACCGAUUUACUAACAGAUAUCCCCACCAUCCGUGCUCCUACCGCAAUGCCUCCUCUCUUACAGCGUCUAUCAGAACGCAAACCUGAGACGCUAGAUUAUCUUGGAGUCUCCUAUGGGUUGACGCCGUCGCUUCUUCGAUUUUGGAAGCGUGCGGGCUACGUACCGCUAUACAUCCGUCAAACAACAAGCGAACUCACAGGUGAACAUAGUUGUGUCAUGGUUCGCGGGUUGAAUAGUUCGAAUGAGGGUGAGCUGGAGUGGCUUGGGGAGUUUGCAAAAGACUUCAGAAGACGUUUCCUCUCCCUCCUAUCUUUCAAGUUCAGAGAAUUCGGAAGCGUGAUGGGGCUGAGUAUACUCGGUGCUGCGGAUGAAGGUCUGAAACGUCUGGACACAGAUACUGCACGAGAAAUCGGCUCACCAGAACUCUCAAUCCUAAUGACCCCCUUCGACAUCAAGCGACUGGAGUCCUACGCAAACAACUUACUCGACUACCACGUCAUCCUCGACUUACUUCCUACAAUCGCAACAUUAUAUUUCGAAAAGCGGUUAGGUCCGGAAGUGAGGUUGAGUGCGGUACAGAGUUCGAUAUUGUUGGCUAUUGGGUUGCAGAGGAAGACUAUUGAGGAGGUUGAGGCCGAGUUGCAACUCCCUGUAUCCCAAGCCCUCGCGCUAUUCGUGAAAGUCGUGCGGAAAAUCACGAAACGUCUACAGGACGUACAAAAGGCUGCUAUCAGCGCUGAGCUUGCUUUACCUACUUCCGCUUCUGCUAUCGGUACGACGUCGCGCAUGGAUGUGGAUACUCAAAAGGGUGCUGAAGACGACAACGACGACGACGAUGACAAUGAUAACGAAGAAGAGGGUGGAUUGCAAGAUAGGUCGGAGAAAGUCAACGGCGUUGUUACAGCUGAAGGUGUUGACAAACCAGACGGAGAAGAUACCAAAGAGACACCCGAACGAAGAGCGUUCAAGGAGAAACAACGCGAGAUGAUCGAUUCGCUUGAUCUAAGCAAGUAUGCUAUCACCGACUCAACAGCCGACUGGUCAAGUGCGGAAGCACAAGUUGCACGUCUUGCGAAAGGAGCGAAAGACGUGAAGGCAGCGGGCACUUCUCGAUCGUCUAUCGUCAGUAUCAAGGCUGGCACAGGGGCUCCUCAGAAGAGGAAAGCUGACGACGGGGGAAUGGGAAAGGUGGAAGGAGAGAAGAAGAAAACGCGAAGAGGGAACGUGAAGAAAGCAAAACAGUAG